GUCGCCUGGAGUAGAGAGCCGUGGUGUCAUUGUAGCUCGCGGCAGCCUCCAACUCCCGAAUUGCUGGGACGACAGGCGAGCGCCCUGCGCCAGGCCGGAGCCUGAUUUUGGCUUAGCCUCCACCGGAAGUUGGCGACUGCGCGGGGCCAGGUCCUGGGCAGGGUCCUGCCCGUCGUGCCAUGGUCCUAGGGAGUGGCACAGGGUGGGCCCUGGGGGUCCUCUUGGUCUACCUGCUGCUUCGGUUAGAUUCCAUCAGCUGUAAUUUCCAACAAGUAUAUGCGACUGUGAAUGACAGUGUAACUUUUCAUCCAGCAAGCCACACGCCUUUUCAAGAGAUUCUGUGGAAAAAACAAAAGAAUAAAGUUAUAGAAUGGGAAGAAAACUCUGAGUUCAAAGCUUUCCCACCUUUUAAAGAUAGAGUUCAUUUAGACCCUGUGUCCGGUAACCUCACUAUCUUCAAUUUAACAUCAUCAGAUGAAGACGAGUAUGAAAUGGAAUCCCCAAGUCUUACUGGUACCAUCAAGUUCUAUCUUUUUGUGAUUGAGCCUAUUCCACCUCUUACACUAACUUGUUCAUUGACUGGUCAAAACAUUAUGGUCCAAUGUGAGACCGUGGAGCAUUAUGACAGCCAUCCAGACCUUCUAACGUAUGCAUGGGAUUGCCCUUCAGAACAAUGUAAAAAUAACUCAGGACCUGAAAUGUAUUUUGAUAUGGAAAGUGAUCGUUCACAAAAAAUACAGUGUGUUGUUAGCAACAAAGUAUCCAAAAGCACAUCGUCAAUCAUUUUGGAAACCUGUUUGCCAAGCACUGGUACCGGAGGGAUCUCAGAACCCGUGAGGCAGGACCUCAGCCUGGCAGAAGAAGAUGAAGCCAAAGGUGUAAAAACUAAAUUAUUUUAAAAGAGUUUAUAAAGCCAUCUGAGAGUUUCCCAUUUGAGAGGUGCAGCUCUUGAAGGAAACUCUACAAGCCUUUGAAGAAGCCUUCAGCAGCAGCUCUACUUUUUAGAAGAAGUAUCAACUAACCAGCAUUAGUUUCUACUCUACCAUCAGCAUAUCAUAUGAUUUUGGUGCUUGGUUUCUUGUCACUAAAUUGUUUUUACUGGAGAGAGUAACAUUUGUUAAUAAAAUUGUAAAUAUGUACAGAAA